CACCUGCCCCCGCCCUCCUCAGCCCCGCCCCCAGCUGGUGCCGUGCCUCAGAAGCUGCUGGUGCUGGACGUUGACUGCGGCGUGGACGACGCCCACGCGCUCAUGAUCGCCCUGGGAGACGCCGCGCGCGCGCGCGUGCUCGCCGUCACGUGCUGCAACGGCAACACGCACGUGCGCCAGGUGGCGGACAACGUGGCGCGCGUGCUGCGCGCGUGCGGAGCGAGCGCGCGGGUCCCCGUGUUCCUAGGGGCCUCCGCGCCGCUGCUGGCCAAGCCGAUGGACGCGUCCUCGUUCCACGGCAACGACGGUCUGGGGGACUCCCCGGACCCCCCCGACCCGAGCCCCGUGGCGGUGAAGAAGCAGGAGGAGCACGCGGUCAAUGCGCUCGUCCGUCUGGCCAAGGAGAACCCGGGACAGAUAACGCUCGUGGCCGUGGGGCCCCUGACCAACGUGGCGCUUGCGACGCGCAUGGACCCCGACUUCACCUCGCGCCUCAAGGAGCUCUUCAUCAUGGGCGGCACCGUGGAGGCGCGUGGGAACUGCACCAUGUGCGGGGAAUUUAACUUUGCUGCGGACCCUGAGGCUGCCUACGUGGUGCUGGAGAGCUGCAGAUGCCCGCUGCACAUUGCGAGCUGGGAAUUUACCGUCCGCAACGUCAUUCCCUGGGAGUUCUACGACGAGUGGACCGCCACCGACACGGAGCGGGGACGCUUCGUGAAGCGCAUCUCGGCGAAGAGCGCCGCCUUCGCACGGGAGGCUGGCCGCGGAUCUGUGGAGCUGUUUGCCGGCCCGGGCUUCGUGCCGUGCGAUACCUACGCAGUGGCCGCUGCCUUGGACCCGGACUUCGUCACCCAGUGGGCAGAGCACUCGGUGCGCGUGGAGCUGCACGGCGCUCUCACGCGCGGCCAGAUGGUGGUGGACUGGCUGGGCAUCAUGGAGGACCCGCCGCUGGUCAAGGCGCGCAUCAUGGUCCGGUGCGACAUGACGCGGCUCAGGGCCAUGCUCGUCGCGGCCGUGCAGUGACCGGCCGGACGGCCGCUCGCAUGUCCCCGCUGACCGACUCACUCACCCACUCACUCACCCACUCACUCACCCACUCACCCACCCACCCACCUACUC